UGAAAACAAAAAUAGCUUUUUGGUCUUCACUUAAGGUUUACUGUGUUAAUGUUAGGUUUAAAAUCACAUUUUAAGAAGAUACAUUGUAGAAAUAGGCAGCCCGUAUCACUUUGUGGCUACAGUAACUAACGUUAGUGACGACCAAGUCAGAUCAUCCCACUGCGUGAAGUCGUUCGGCAAAGAUGUCUGCUACGGAUGUAGGCGGUUGUGGACCCGGAGCAGGACCCAGUUCGGGUGUUGGGUCCGGGGCAUCAAACCCUCGAAAAUUUAGCGAGAAAAUAGCUCUACAUACCCAACGUCAGGCUGAAGAGACUGCYGCUUUUCAGGAGGUUAUGAUGGACAUCACCUCUACCAGGAUCCAGGCUCAGAAAGUGCGUCUGGCUAGAACCCAGGGCCCGUACUAUGGGGGCUCCCUACCCAACGUUAAUCAGAUCGGCAGGAACCCAGGCGACUUUCAGGGUUUGUUCCACUCUAACCUGGACUCCAGUCGCUCCACACGGCACCACGGCCUGGUAGAGCGGGUCCAGAGGGACAGACGCUUCAUCUCCCCAGUGCGCCCCUACAGGAAACAAGUGGACAGCUCUCCGUACAACUCAGCCUAUCUGUCCCCGCCUCCGGACACCAGUUGGAGAAGGAACUGUUCGGGCAACUUCCCAGGAGACAAAAGCCAGUUGUUUCGCCUCCCCACCAUGGCACUCAACAGGACCAACUCAGACUCUGCCCUCCACACCAGUGUGAUGAACCCCCCUGCAGGAGACCCCUUCAACGCUGGACACACACUCACCCUUCAGGGCAGACUCACUGGUCAGAGUGAAGGAGAGGGGAGAAGAAUGUUUCCGUACCCAGUUCCCCCCAUUGAGGACAACAUUCUGGAUCAGGGCGAACUGCUCAAGCCCUGGGACACCAAGAAGUUGCCCCUGCUGUCUUCUCGACCCAAGUCCUGUGAAGUUCCCGGUAUCAAUAUCUUCCCCUCCCCUGACCAGCAGUCCAGCACCCCCCAUGCUCCCUCAGCCCUGAACACGGGGGGCUCCCUGCCCGACCUCUCCAGCCUGCACUUCCCGUCGCCGCUGCCCACCCCGCUGGACCCAGACGAGCCGGGCUACCCUUCGUCCCUGAGUGGGGGCAGCAGCACGGGCAACCUGGCCUCCACCCUGACCCAGCUGGGCAUCAAUGCCAGCAACGCCUUCCGCCACUCGCCAGGUCUCCUGGCAUCUCUUCAGGGCACUCUCAGUAACCCCUCCCUGCAGUCCUCGCUAAGCAACCCCAACAUCCAAUCAUCUCUCAGCAGCCACUCCUUCCCCAACUCCCUCAGCUCCACCUCCUUGCACUCGUCACUUAGCAACCCUUCCCUGCAGUCCUCCCUUAGCUCCUCCCCCUCCCUCCAGUCUUCCCUGAGCAACCAAUCCCUGCACUCCUCCCUCAGCAACUCCUCCCUGAGUGGCCAGUCCCUCCACACCGCAUCCAGUAACCCUAGUUACAGUAGCGGGGUGGGAGGGUCCGGCUCGUGCUCCUCUUAUUCGCAGCUAACUAGCCAGGGGCAGUCGCCUCUCAGCACGUUGCCACGGAGACGAGCUCAGCUCUCCCCUCUGAUCCUACCCAUGGGAGGGGAGUCUCGCCGGCACCACUCCAAACAGUUCUCCCCCACCAUCUCUCCUAACUUGUCCUCCAUAACACAGGGUGUCCCUCUGGACACCAGCAAACUCCCCAUGGACCAGAGGCUCCCUCCCUACCCCUUUAGCCAGCAGCAGCUUCAUCAGCCAGGUCCUCCAGCAUCCCAUCAGCCCCAGCAGGCCUCUCAGGUAGGACAACAGCUCUCCCAGUCGUCCGUGGUACUGCAACAACAAAAUCAACAACAGCAUCAACACCAACACCAUCAGCUGCAUUUGCAACACGAGCUGCACCAGCAGCAAUGUUCCCAGUCUCAGCAGGCCCUCCAGCAGCUGCACCUGCAGAACCUGCGCAAUGCCCAGAUGCAGCACCUGCAGCAGCAGCAUAGGGUGUCGGUCAAAAUUGAGAAGCAGGGUGAGCAGGGCCAGAACUCUCAGUGCCUGCAAACGCAAGACCCGCAGUCUACACAACAUCAACAACAGCAGCAGCAGCAGCAGCAGCAGCAACUGCCUGAAUUCACGUUUGGUGUUUUGUCCCCGUCUCAGUUCAACAUGGAGACUCCGGGAGACAGCCUGUCGUUCAACCACGGUGGCUUGGGCUGUGGGAGUGGUGGAAAGGCCAGGAGGAACCUACACCCCAACCAUGGCUUCCUGGAGCUCCACGACUCAGGGGAUAGGCAGCACCUUAACAACCAGAACUUUGGGGGAGAGGGAUGCCACGUCCCUAACAUCAUCCUCCAGGGAGACAGUUCGUUGGGCCUUUCCAAGGAGAUCGCCAGCGCCCUCCACGUGCCAGGGUUUGAGAUGGACUCCUUUGCUCUGGACGACCCCCUCAGGAUGGACCCCCUGGCCCUUGAGGGGCUGGGCAUGCUGGACGGGGACCUCAUGCUGACCGACCCCGCCGUGGAAGACUCCUUCCGCUCCGACCGCCUCAAGUAACCACUCCCAGGAGUGGAUACGGAGGAGUGAGGUGGGAAGGGUGUUGGAACGACCCCAGACUGAAGUGGACAGGUGGGGUUGAGCCUGCUUCGUUUCCCUCCUUGGCGAUUGACGCAACACAGCAUCUGCAAAUAAAAGGUCAGGUGGGAGGUUUUGGACAGUCUAGUGCAUGGAUCUCUGACUGGUCCAGGAGAGAAACUGGGGAGCAGGCUGUUCUACCACAGCACUAAUACACCUGUCAAAUAAUCAGCUAAUCACUGUCUUAAAUCUGGACCUUGAUUAUUUGAAUCGGGUGUGUUAGUGCUGGGCUUGAAUAGAAUUCUACAUGCUCUCCAGGACCAGAGUUGGAGGCACCUGGUUUAGUGGGGACCUCGCCACAUGCUUUUUGUGAGGUGAUGUGGUGGUAGGGAAGGUUGGAGGACAGGACUGACAUGUCAGUGGUGGAGCAAGUUCGUUUACGGUUCUUUCCGCUACAUCCAGGCAGUUAUCGAAAAUGCACUUGUGAUGCUUAAGAGAAAA